AUGGGUGCCUAUCUGAAUAGACCAGUUGUCGACAAGGAGAAGGAGGAGGGUUCCGGUGAUGGGUUCAGCUAUGCCUGCACGACAAUGCAAGGUUGGAGAGCCAACCAGGAGGACGCCCACAACUGUGUCGUCGAUCUUCACACCGGCUGGCACAUGUUCGCUGUCUACGAUGGUCAUGGUGGAACCGAAGUCUCGAAAUUCACCUCCGCAAAACUGCCAGACUUUCUAAAAGAGCGAAAAUUCUGGGAGGCGGACGAUAUUGGAAGCUGUCUUCAAACGGCGUUCGUCGAUUUCGACGACUUCAUUCGUGCGGAAGAUUCGAUGAAAGAGCUGAAAGAGUUGUCCGGCGAUGGAGAAGCACCGAAGAGAACGCCAGGAGAAGAUGGCGAGGACGAAGCCGAUCGCAUUGAUACUAUAGAGGAAGCCUCAAUUCCAAUUGCUGAGCUGCUUAAAAAAUACGGUGGUGCUGGAUUGGGAAAAUCGCUGCUUUCCGCGUUCUUGGCGAAAGGAGAUGCUGAAAUCGGUUCUGAUUCAGACGAAGAUGAGGAGGAGCAAGAGGAUGAGGAUGAAGAAGAAGAGGAAGCAGACGAUUCGCAAGAAGAUGAUGGAGAAGUGAAGAAGGAAGACAAGGAAGCUGGAGAAUCACAGAAGGAUGAGGAGAAGGCAGAAGAGACUCAGAAAGAAGGAGAGAAAAAGGAAACUCCAAAGAAGAAGGUCCAAAAGAGAUGCAGCAAGUCCCCAAUUCAAUCCGAAGCUAAGAAGUCAAAGUCUGAUGACGCUGCUGAUUCCUCGGCUGAAACUGCUGCGCCAUCUUCGUCGAGUGGUCCCGCAGCAGAUGUCGCUACCGAAGAAGACGACGAAUCUGACCAAGAGUUCGUUGCCGAUGAGGAAGAAGUGGAAGAUGAGGAAUCCGAUGAGGACAUGGAGGAGGGUGAUAUCGGACCGCUUAUGCUUGGAGGAGGUGGCGAGGUUCCAGGAGAGGACUCGGGAACCACUGCGUGCGUCGUUCUUGUUGGAAACAAGAAGGUUAUCGUUGCGAACGCUGGAGAUUCUCGCGCGAUUCUUUGUCGUGCUGGAAAGGCGAUCGAUCUUUCGGUUGAUCACAAACCAGAGGAUGAGGUUGAGACUGCUAGAAUCCACGCCGCUGGAGGAGCUAUCGAGGAUGGGCGUGUCAACGGGGGACUCAAUUUGUCGCGUGCUCUUGGAGACCAUGCUUACAAGAAGAACCACAAAAUGGAGCUCAAGGAUCAAAUGAUCACUGCUUUCCCAGAUAUCAAAAUCGAAGAUCUCACCGCCGACGACGAGUUCCUCGUCGUCGCUUGUGAUGGAAUCUGGAACUCCAUGGAAUCUCAACAAGUCGUCGACUUCGUCCGUGAUCUUAUCGCCAAAGGAAAGACUUGUGCCGAGAUCUGCGAUGCUCUAUGUGACCACUGCUUGGCCGACUCGACCGAGGGAGAUGGAACCGGAUGUGACAAUAUGACUGUUAUCUGUACCAUUUUCAAACACUAG